CUUGACGAUGUCGGACCAAAUGCCUAUUGUGUUUCUUCCUUCAGGAAUUUCAAGAAUUAUUCCUCACACAAGCUUGGAUUCUAAAGAUGGUCAGCUUGUUGAAAAUUAUUAUAAUCAUGGAUAUUCUCUAAAAGAACGAAGCGCAACUACAAGGUCCGCAAAGAUCAAUGAAAACACCCCCGGCAAUGGCGCAUCGUCCGAUACUGAAAUGGCUGAUGAAUCRGGCGAAUUUUUACCAGAAAUGACCAUAGAUGAUGAUGAUGAUCACCUUAGUGAUGAUAAUGAUACAAAACACAAAGGAAUUUCCCCAACACCGUCUAAUAGUGGAGCAGGUGCAAACGCAAAGACACUCAAAGUUUACCAGUCUCACGUGCGAGUAUUCAAAGAUUGGUUAAAGCUAGAAGGUUUACCUACCGACUUCGAGUACUGCAGUGCGGAGGAACUYAGCUCAUGGCUCAAGAAGUUUUACCGAGAUGGAAAAAGAAAAGAUGGCCAACAGUGGAAACCGAGCUCAUUGAAAAUCUUUCGCUUUGCCAUCAAUCAGCACCUGAACAGUGACCCCUUCAAUCGCUCAAUCAGUAUUACUAAAGACCAACAGUUUAAAGAAGCCAACAAUGUUAUCAAAGAGCGGCAAAAAGAGUUGAUUCAACUUGGAGAAGACGCAACAGGUACAAGAGAGAGUAGGGAAAGCGCUAGACCAAUGACAGCCGAGGAUGUCCGUCAGCUAUUUCAACGCAAUAUCGUGGGCGUGUCAAAUCCUAAAGCCUUACAUCGCUACGUCUUCAUGAUUCUUGGAAUCAACUUUGGAAUCACAACUAGACUAGCACUGCACUUGCUAAAACCAUCCAUGCUUGAAUUUAAAGUCGACGAGAACUCUGGCCUGACGUACGUGUUGUACGACCCCAAGAGAGACAAAAUGACUCUGAAUAAGACCCUACAUAAGCCAAARAGGAAGAUGUAUGGCGUGCCUGGAAACCCAAUGUGYCCCAUCAACGCUUUAAAGCUUUACAUUCAAAAGCGGAACCCCGAAUGCACAGAGGCGUUCUUCCAUACUCCUAACCGGCAUUACAAGGAGACUGGAGUGUGGUAUACUCCACAAGCCACAGGAAAGAACACACUUGGACGUCUCAUGAAAGAUAUUGCUGCAGAAGGCAAGUUGUCGUUUCCCUACACAAACCACUCUCUACGAUACACACCACCGUACAUUUUCACUGCCCCAGACCCACGUGCUACAGCAUACAGAAUCAAUGGGGACAGUAUUCCAAAUGGAAAACCAUCUUAUAUUGAUAMUUCUUCAUACAAUCUGCUAAAUAUCAAACCCAAGGGGAGUAURGAGAGUGAGAAUCGUGUCUUUUCAUCGGGGAUACCAUAUAAGGCUAUCGUCGAACGUCCAGCGAUUACAAACAGCACAACAUCAGAACGCAUUCCUUUACUUUACCCUCCUAUCAACAACAGUGCUGUAUGUACCACUGACACCGCAGCAUCAAACGUGGUUAAAGUGAUAACAGAGACGGCCAAAGAUGAAUCCUUUCCAYCCAGGGAACAAAUGCUAGAAACCCGUCCCAAGUCCCACUCUACCAGUACAACCCGACCAAUCAAAGCACACCAUGUGCUGUGUGUAUCUAAACAAUGGGAUAUAGAGGAUAUCAUUAAAGCUAUUAACUCUGGUGAUGCUAUCAUACUAUCAAAACAGGGUGUUAUAGAAUCAGCCACUACUAACUAUGAGCCUCAGACGCAGCACUCCCCUAGCCUCCCUAAUCCGACCAACUCGACCRGUGUAGUAGUCAAGAAUGAGGCAAUCCAUAACGAUAUCGAUCUGUCAUGUUCGAUGAAAACAAGUGUGUCACAGAAACUCUCAGCACGCCCUGGCCGUAAACAACUCGAGCCGAAAAGAAUUCGUCCUGACGAGGCAGGAGACGACAGYUUUCAGAUUGAAGUGGCAUAUGAUGAUGCGGUCACCAGUAUUCAAGCCAACUUAACGCUAAURAAACAACUGCAGAAAAGCUAUCCACCAUCCAAACAAACCAUCGAUGAACUGUUCAAAAUCAGAAAAAUACUAGACCGUCUUUUAACUGAACUYUAGAUAACUUUUCAGCUGGUUGGUGGUUAUAUAAUAUAUAGUAGUUUGGUUUAGUAGCAGAGAUGCAAAAGUAGAUGGAGAGAAGAUAGCGGCUUGUAGUUUAAGACCAUCUGAUGUGCUAUUCACAAACAUAACAGCGACAUUAUUGAAACAUCGUACACAGCGUUUAAGCAUUGAUUAGUGCAUUUCGUUUUCUUUUAUAAAUUAUCAGAUUUUAGUUUUAAAUAAAAUCUACA